CGAGCUUUCGUGGGGCAGGAGCAGCAGCCGUAGUCGCAGCCGUAGUCAUCAGCAGCAGCCAGCGAGCCAGCCAGCCGAUGCAGCGUCGGUGUGGGGGUGGCCCAACUUCCCCACAUCUGUACAGGACGGAACAUGCAGCCCGGGAUGCCCCACACUGGCGAACGGGCUCGACAAAAAGGUUUAAAAGUCUGGCGUCUGCCCGUGGGGCAAGAGGACGACGGUAGCAGCAGCCCCGGGGAAGGCAGGGCUGACACCUUGACGGAGAACGAGGAUCAGGCUUUUCCAGUAGCAGCUAAUUUUUUCUCUCCCAUUCUUUUCACUUUUUCUGCACCCCGGGUCUGAGCCAACCAAGACGACCCCGAGCCAUAACAAAGCACGCACUGCAGUAACAACGCACAAUGGAGGCCUACGCCAGUCAACCAACCACGACGUCGAUCAAGCAGUCGUACUACUGCCCGUUCGACAACGAGACGAGGUUGAUCAAGGUCCCGAAGGAGACGGGCAGACUCUACACGCAGUUCAACCCGCCACUCCACAGCGAUCACAAGGUUGCCAACCCAUCAAAGGUAUACAAGUUCAUUAAGAGCAAGACCAGCGAGCCCUCGGUGCACCGGGCGCUUCCAAUCUACAAGAACAACAACGUCUUCUAUAAGGCAAAGGACAUCUGGGAGUUCGACAACAUCGGUGUCUCGAAACCUCCAUCAACCCUCGAGGAGGCAGAGGUCAUCAAGCUGAAGUCCGAGGACGGCGACGUUCACAACUACGCCAUCUUGAGAUAUUUGGUAUGUGGGGAAUGCGAUAAGGGGGUGUUCGGUUUUGGAGGAUUCCUUACCGAUUUCGAAAGUCUCCAAGGGCGGGCAGAGGUGGGCUUCGACCUCACCUCUGUCAAUCCUAACGACUUGGUCUAUUUCUUUUACAUCUGAAUGCAGAACAUGGCCGG